AUGGUCUCCACUACUAUCAACUUCUCCGGCCUCAUGUGCCUUGUCCUUGCUCUCGGCCCUGCCAACGUGCUCUCCGCUCCCCAGCUGCCCGCUCUCCCAUUCCCGGAAAUGAUGAACCAGGCCCCCGAGACCACCAACCACGGCCCAGGCAACAGCGAGACCUCCGCCGGCAGCGGCGUCAACGUCGGCAUCCCAGGCGGUCCCUUCGUGAACGCCGGCGCCGGAUUCCACGAAUCCCACCGCGGCCCCUGCGGCCCAGCCUCAGGCUCUGACCAAGCCGCCGGCGCCGGCGUCAACGUCGGUAUCCCCGGCGGUCCCAGCGUCAACGUCGGCAAUGGCAUGCACCACCACGAGGACGGCUAUCCUUGCCCCGAGCCUCCCGUUGUCGUGCCCACUACCACCACUGUCAUCCCUCCUCCGGAGACUACUGCCCACCCUCCUACCUGGACCGUCCCUACUAUCCUCCCUCCUCCCACCUUCACCACCCCCAUCUCCGUCCCUCUCACCACCGCCCCGCCCGCCUGGGCACCCUCUUCCACCCCUCUGAUCCACCGUCCCGCGCCCACUGCAUCGGCCUCGCCUUCCGCCGUGCCUUCCGCGCCUGUCCAGCCCGUCUUCAACGCCGGCUCUGCCCUGCUCCCUGGAUCUGUUUUCGCAGUGGCUCUUCCCGUUAUCUUGGCUUUCUUCAACUAA